AUGGCGACCAAGCUGUGCUGUACGGCCGAGCAGGACGAUCGUUCAGAUUCGCCCGAGCUACCCAACGCCCGCGUCAGUCAGCCUACACCAGUGAACAGGCCACUCCUACCCAAAGAUGCUAGCUCACCCAAUUCACGCUUCACGAGUGCCCGUUCGGAAGACCUCCAUGAGUUGCAUGAGAUCUUCCACAACGCCCGCGACUCCAACGAGGACCGAGCCAUGCCAAUGCGAACGCUUCGUGCACGCUUCAGCCGUCCUUCGAUGCAUAGCAUCCGCAGUCUACACAAGAUGACGAGUAUGCGUUCACUGAUCAGACGCAAGUUUUCGAAGGAGCUCCCUAAGAAAGCCCCAACUGUUUCGUCACCACAUUUGCAGCCGAGACCAAGGAACAUUACUCCAGCUGCCGGCACUGUCGUCAAGCAGCUGAAAGACGGAACGAAUCAGCAGCUUCAGAUUACCAAAGAUGACCUACGGAAGGAUCUACUCAGCGACAAGAAGCCUGAUGAGGGCGGUUAUGAUUCAGAUGCUGAGGCACUUGACGAAAUUGCAAACAACAUUGGCAAGAAGUCACCUAUCAAGCGUGCAAGUAUCCACAGCAUCGAUUGGACUACCACUACCGGAAGCAAAACAACACCAGACUCGUCGAAGAGAGACCGUAUUAGCGGCGAGCUCAAUGAUGACCUCCCUCCCUACAGCAUCGAUAAACCACACGCCGGUCCUUUCUCCCACCGGUUCAGCCAAGUGUUCAGCACGCCCAAUCUGCGAUCGGAUACGCCUGGUGGAAAGGAUAACAGGGUCAGACGAUCGCAUUCGGCUACAUCCAUGGGCUUGCCGAAACCUUCUCCCCUUUCGCCGUUACGACUACCAAGCCUUACCGAUCACGACUCAGCUGGAAUACCGUGGGCUGAGGUGAUGCACAAGAGCCUUCGUCUUUCGCAGUUUCCUGUGCCUCCACGCCACAUCAGCCCACAAGCAUCCGUUACAACCUUCAAAAACGACGGCCACAAGCGACACCAGAAACGAAGCAGCUCCGCUUCGGUAUCGUCGCACCGAGCUCUUGAACCGACUGCUUCUCCUUGUGGUCGCCUCAUUGAGAUCCGCGUUCAACAGCCAACAUCCACUGCAACCCCAAGGCCGUCUACAUCUAUCAGAGGCACUCUCCGUGGAGAUUCACCGCGAAAGGCACGAGGAGGGGCACACAACGGCGAGGACGAUGACGAUGAUGACAACCCACACAACGAAGACACACCAAGACCAGCUAAACGACAUGGUCUUACCAACCUCGCAACUGUCACUGGCCAUCCGAUCGAGCCUUCGCUUCUUGCACCGCCCGCGCCGCUAGCACGCAAGAACAGUGUUGCUGAUACCAAGACCUCCAAAUUUCGGGAAGAGUUCAGCCCCUCUCCACCCAAGAAGAAGAUGACACAGUCGGCAUCCAUCAUCAAGUUCUUGAAUCCGAAGCGCCUAAGUCUGCGCAGCCAGAGUGAAGCCAAUCUACAAUCUGAAGCUUCCGCCUCCUCGACUGUCGCGCUUGCCGCUGUCGAUGGUCCAUCUGAUACGCUGGAACUCCCUGUUAAUCAUGGACGUCGUCAGUCACGGUCAUUGAUAAGUAUGCAGGCUGAACAAGAUGCACUUGGGAAGAACAAAGGCGCCAACCAUGUAUGGGAUCGCGCUUUGCAAGCGCAUCAAGACGAGAAAGCAUCUCUCUAUCUUCCCAAGAACAGGGACCUUGCUGUCCAUGCGAGCCCAUUCCGCGAGCGUAGCGGCAGCGUUUCCGUCAGACGCAUCAGUGUCGAAGGCCUAGAUCCAGCUAGUCGAGCUGACGAUGGGUCUAGCACACGGGUAUCGACAUUGGAUCCCCAUGCCGAAACACCUGGUGAAGAGCGCUCCGAGGGGCUGUUCAAAAUGGUGUCUCGUCGCAGUGCUAUGGUAGGGCGUGAUGAUGUUAGCGUUGGACAAGAAGUGGCAAAUGCAUUUGAGCGGCAGGGCGACAGCACGGAUGUCGUGGGGGCCUGGGGUCGCUACCCUUCGCACACGCGCCAUGACCGUACCGCCUCUGCCGGAAAGGCUGACAACGUUCAGCCUCGCGACUUUGCACUAGAGGCAGCGAUCAAGUUUGCUUCGGCAACGGAUGACGAGGACCUCAUCGAUCCCACAGCGAGAAGACCGUCUACCCCACUGCUGCCUGGCGAGAAAAAGAAAAAGAAGAAAGUUGGCAGUGGUCGUGUAGCGAAGAGCAACUCGAUGACGUUCGGCAAGACCCUCAUGAAGAACUACACCAAAAUGUUCAGGAGCCAGAGCACAGAAUUUCGCAGGCAUGGUAGAGGACACCGCAGUUCCAUCGCAUCUGGCGGCAUUCUUGAGCAUCCUGAGCUCGAGCUCCUGCCUGAUGUGUGGGCGGGUGAAGUUCACAGAGACGUUGACACAUAUAUCCCAGGUGAUGAGCAGUCCGUGCUGAGACAAGAAACCUUGAAGAAGACGACUAAAUCCAGGAGCAAUCUACGAGCGGAGGAUUCCAUGGCAACACUCCGUCCACGGCGCAAUUCUUCUGCGCCCAAUCUCAACGAGAUGUCGUUCGGCGAUGGCGCAGCUGAUGCGCAGCACGCAAACGAUCGAGCACGUGUCUGGUCUACCUACUACGAGAACUGCGUCGAUGCAUACCCUCGUCUGAGUAUCGACACGAACCGAGUCCUUCAGGACUUUGGUCGUCCGAAUCGGCACUCAUUCGAUAGCCGGCAGGUGUCCGUGCACUCGCGCACUUUGCCUACUCAUCUGCGCAAACACACGCGCAACGCUAGUCAGAUGAGUCAGAUGAGCAGUGGGAGCCGUGCCAGGAGCUUCGGCUCGCUGGGUCAAGAUGACAGCGCUUUCGAGGAGCGGAGCUUGGUCAGCGUUAGACGAAGCACCAUGGAUCUGAUUUCCAAGUUCAAACAGCAGGAGGCUACGGAGCAUGAAAGGAUCUUGUCCUUCAGCAGGAUGGACAGUGGAAAAGCGCGGGAAAGUGUGGCGGCUCAGUGA